AUGCAUGACGGAGUUGAAAAGUAUGGCGUCGAGGUGAAUCCGGUCAAAAGCCUUGCGAAUUUCGACGUCAUCGUCAAUGGCUCUCAGGUGCCUUGCUUGCAUGAAAGAACUGAGUUUCCCUACUGCGGUAACUCAAUUAACACCAAAACACUAGAAAUCACUAAAGACAGAGAUCGAAGGAAGGGUACAGUGCUAGCGGAUACAUUGACCGUCGAGCCAUCAAAAGUCCCGGGCAAGGCCUUUUACCGUAAAGCGUUGAAUGCCUUGAAGAUCCAGACACACAAGAUGUUCCUCGAUACAAACUUCAAUUCCACUGGUACAGUCUUGUCGACCAUCUAUCAGAAUUUUGUGGAGGCAGCUAUGAAGUACUAUCGGUACGCCAAGUGCAUGGGAGGAGGGAAGCACCCUCACCUAGAUCUGCUCAUAGGUACCAUACACGAUCUGGUUGAAUUGGCGUUCGUACUCAUCAAAGGCAAGCACAAACGUCAGACAGAGCAAGGCUAUAGCUGUACGGUCAGCAAAUGCCAAGUAGAAUGGUUGGCGGCAAAAGCUUUUCGCAACAUCUUAGCAAAGAAGCAAAGCAAAUAUCGCCUUGUCAUCCUUUGGCUUGAUGAUGCGAUUCGGCGGACGAAGUCGGACAAAGCCAAGGAGAUGUGGAAGCUCAAUAGGAUCGUGAAAGAAGGCGAUGCUAUAUUUAUAGAUUAUAAAUUUUAG